AAACCAUUUUUAGUUGUUUAGCUGUUACACAGUUUGCAAAGUGUGUCGCUGUUGACUAGAUAAACUGGAGAACCCACGGUCGCCAUGACAGGGAGUUAUACAAUGCAAAGAAACGCGAGCAGCCGGACAGCUCCGUGGUGCUGAAACUCGCAUUUGAAGGCGGUUUAUUUUCUCACGUAUUGGUGAGCAUCUUUGUUUCUACUGCAACGAAAAGGGCUGGAUCGAAAUUUUAAGUACAAGGUUUGAAAUCCGUGGAUUGCUUUAUAUGGACUGACUUGCUGCAAAAGGAGAGCAGAUAAAUAACAAUGCGGUGUGACCAAACAAUGCAGUCAUGGGGAAGGUACGUGGCGCUUGUCGUUUUUCUUUCUUUCGUUCACAUUAUAAAAGCUUCAGUGACUCAUUAUUCCAUACCAGAGGAGAUGAAAGUAGGAUCAGUCGUCUCUAACGUUGCAACGGAUCUCAGCCUGGAUGUUAAAACACUAAGCCGAAGAAAAAUGCGCCUUGAUCUAAUUGCCAACAAAAAAUAUCUAGAUGUGAACAAAGAGACUGGUGAGAUUUACGUAGUGGAGAAAAUUGACAGGGAACAUCUUUGCACAAAAACACUGACAUCAUGUUAUUUGAAAAUGGAAGUGAUACUUGAAAAUCCUGUGCGUAUAUUCAACAUAGAGCUGGAGAUUCUGGACAUAAAUGACAACGCCCCUCAGUUUCGAAGGGGUGUCAUACACUUGGACAUAUCUGAGUCAACACCUGCUGGAGAAAGAUUUUCCCUCAGUAACGCAGUUGACCCUGAUGUCGGGAUUAACACCGUGAAAACGUAUCACGUGAGCGCAAGUGAACACUUUGCUAUUGAGGUUCAGACUGGAAGAGAUGGGUCAAAAUCAGCGGAUUUAAUUUUGACAAAAACCUUAGAUCGCGAACAGCAGGCUGUUCAUAAUUUAAUACUAACGGCUGUAGAUGGCGGUACACCCGCUCGUUCCGGCACCGCAAGUGUAAUUGUUCAGGUUUUAGACACAAAUGAUAACGCACCUAAAUUUGAUCAACAAACUUACAAUAUCAAAAUAAUGGAAAACUCUCCUAUUGGAAGUCUUGUAAUUCAUCUAAAUGCAACAGAUUUAGAUGAAGGAUCAAAUUCUGAUUUAAUAUAUUCUUACAGUCUUUAUACCUCAGAAAAAACACAAGAAACAUUUAAUCUGAAUCCGUCCACGGGUGAAAUUACAGUUAAGGGAGUUUUAAACUAUGAAGAUUUUAAGAUUUAUGACAUGGAAGUUAUAGCAACAGACAAAGGAACCAAUAGUUUAUCAGGACAGUGUACAAUAAAAAUUAUGGUUGAAGAUAUGAAUGAUAACCAUCCACAAAUAUCUAUUAAAUCAUUUCAGAGUCCAGUCAGUGAAGACAUCAAAUUAGACACAGUGAUAGCAGUAGUAAGUGUCAGUGAUAAGGACUCAGGUGAUAAUGGAGUGGUUGAUCUUCACAUUCCAGAUCAUAUGCCUUUUAAACUGAGAGAAUCCUCUGAUAACUAUUAUGAGUUAGUUGUUUCAGAACCAUUAGACCGUGAGAAGGUUCCAGAAUAUGACAUUACAUUCACUGUUACAGACAGAGGUUCUCCUCCUUUAUCUGAUAAUGAAACUAUGACUUUAGAGCUGCUGGAUGUUAAUGAUAAUGUUCCACAGUUCCCUCAGUCAUUUUAUACUAUACGUGUAAUGGAGAAUAAUGCACCAGGAGCCUUGCUCAGUUCACUCACUGCAUUUGACCCUGACCUCCAUGAAAACCAGUAUCUAGUUUAUUUCAUCCUGGAGAAGGAGAUAGCCAACACCUCCAUGUCCAUGCUGUUCUCCAUCAAUCCAGAGAACGGGAACCUUUACGCACUGAAAACCUUUGACUAUGAGAUUGAGAAGGAGUUUCUUUUCCACAUUGAGGCCAGAGACUCUGGUUCUCCUCCUCUCAGCAGUAACGUGACUGUCCACAUCAUCAUUGUGGAUCAGAACGACAAUGCUCCUGUUAUUGUGUCUCCGUGGCGAGCCCACGGCUCAGUGGUGGAGGAAAAGAUCCCCAGAUCCACCGAUAAAGGCUCCCUGGUUGCCAAGGUGAUAGCCUUGGACAUAGACUCGGUGCACAACUCUCGGAUUACCUACCAGUUUCUCCAGGUGACUGAUGCCAACCUGUUCAGUCUGGACCAAUACAACGGAGAGAUCCGGACCAUGAGGAUGUUCAGUUACAGAGAUCCACGCCACCAGCAGCUGGUGGUCGUUGCCAAGGACAACGGGCAGCCUGCUCUGUCCGCUACAGUCACCAUCAAGCUGUCCACAGUGGAGACUGCUGUGAAGGCCUACUCUGACAUGACUGAGAUGCCCCUAGAAUAUGACAUCUUCUCAGACCUCAACCUGUAUUUGGUCAUUGGUCUGGGCUCAGUGUCAUUUCUCCUGCUCAUCACCAUAUUGGUCACUAUUGUGCUCAAGUGUCAGAAACCCAAGGCCAGUAAAACAGCUCCUCCCUGCAGGAACAGUGUGAUCAGUGAGAGGAACUCCACCAUCGCAGACUCCACUCUGGUGUCCAACGAUGCCUACUGGUACAGUCUGUUUCUAGCAGAGACCAGGAAAGGAAAGCUGGUGGUUAGACAGCCUGUGCCAAAGGGCUCCAGAUACAUUGUGUCCAGUAUACCGAGAAGCACAGGAGUGACUGACACUAGUGACUCUGCAGCUUCUACUCUGCAGGUAGGAGCAAUAGUAAUAUAUUUCUCAUUGAUACACACACUUUUUAGUUUUUCAUUUUCCAGCCUAUGAUACUUUAGUCUAUAA